UUGUCCCAUUGGCGCACAGCGGCUAAUAAAAUUUCCGAGCUGGCGUUGUGGGUUGUGCAGGUCAGUAAUGACUUCGAGGGCAAUUUGAAAAUCCAUCUGGCAUUCAUGAUUAGUUAAUUCGGAGAAAAUGACUAUUUUCAUUAUAUAGCGAGUUAUUCAGGAUUUUUCCCAGUGGAAGGGAAUCUGCAUAAUAGGACGUUUAUUUUUAAUUCAGAUGAGCUUGUUCCGAGCUUCUGGAAUUUACAUGCCAUUCAAUUUUUCAGCUGGUCCCAAGCCGCUUGGGAAUUAUCAUUUAAUUGGAUACAUGUUCGUAUCUUGUUUUCCGGUAGUUUACAAUUUUUGGAAACCAUUCACGUAUUACCAGGUGCAUUUUAUUGGGUUCUGUUUCACUUUUCCGGUGUUUCGACGGGGUUUCGCGUUUACAGGGCUUCAUGUUGAUUCUCGAUUCAUUAUUUAAUAAUAGAAUUAUUCCUACUUUCCUAGCCCUCACCGUUCAAUAUUUUCUUUCACCUGAAAAAUCAGCAUUCGGUGCACAAAAUUUGCACAUUCUCGAUUUAUCUCUAGUCUUAUCACAAAAUAAAUCUCGUUCUCCCAAUGUUUCGGAAAAAACAAGUGUCAAAACAAGUGUCAAAGUGUCAAGUGUAACAAACUUCUCCGGAAUAGUGAACGAUCAAAAAGGAUUUUCUCCGGGACCUGGAGUUACCUGAAAAAUCUCAUCGCAGGCAAUUUCUCCCAAAAAUAGUCACUGAGUUUUCAAAUAGUGACGUCUGCGACUCAUAACCCCGCGCAACGUGCCUGAAAGCGACGCACGGCUGGAGCUCAGCUGUCCGGCGCCAUGGACCCACGUUCAUCUCCGAAACUCCAGAAGACCGAGGAUCUGGAGGUGACUGGGAUAUCGAGGAGUGGGAGAGUGCGAAAAAAAUCAUCGAAACUCGUUGACUUUGAAUCACCAGGGGACAGUGCAGAGAAAGUACAGAAAAAAUCGCACCUGCGAGUGCACUUUCAGGAUCAUUACCAGGAGGAGGUGAUGGGUGGUAAUGGAGAGAGAGGGGGUAGGAAUUCUGGUGUUCUGAAUUCUCCCCUGAAGAUUAAGCACGAGGUGUCUGACACUGAGACAUCUGAGACUGAGUUUGAGGAUACUAUAAAUGAUGAGGACAGCUUCUCCAUGGAGUCUCCCUCCGAGGAGGAGGUCGAUCCUCUGCUCAUUGAUGAGAAGGAGAUGGGAGGAUUCAUGAAGCUGGAGGUGGAGCAACCCUCACAGGCCAAAAGUCUGUACAUGAUGGAGAAGAGCAGGAAAAAGGUGUGCAUCAAGGAUGGCAAGAUUAUUGGCAGGACCAAGGCUCAGAGAAAAGAUAAAGGGAAAACAAGAUUCACUGCGUACAUGCUUUGGUCAAAAGCAAUUCGUCAGGAAUUGAUUGAGAAAUGCCCUUACAUGGAUUUCGCUGCUAUUUCCAAACGCUUAGGAGAGCUAUGGUCUACUGUUCCUAAUGUUGAGAAGUACAACUGGAGGCGACGAGCGAAGAGGAUGAGGGACGAGUCGGUUUGGAAGACCCCACCUACAUCUCCAAAGAAGAAAUUCAUCAAUCAAAUCGGUAAUGGAAAAGAGAUCAGUGGUCCCCCACCUCCUAAGAAGCUCCAUAUAGGCUUGCAGAAGCCCUCGCACAUCGUUCCAACGUCGCAUUUCCCCAGAGCAUCAAAGAAUCUGGUGAACGAGCCGGUGGUUGGAACUGGAAUGUACAAAGUUAUUGGAACACAGCCUGUAGACGUCGCAGCACAUCUAAAACUUCUUGGAGAAUCCCUAACGAUCAUCGGGGAACGUCUAAAGGAGCACGACGGACAGAUAGCGGUCUCUGGGAGUCUCUCAGUCCUUCUGGACUCUCUUCUGUGUGCUCUAGGUCCUCUCAUGUGUCUCACACAGCAAAUUCCAGAGACGGAUGUCGUCAGGCCUAAAAUAUUCGCCGAGAUGCUCGACAACAUCGCGUAUGUCAUGCCAGGGCUGUAAUCCUUGUACAUAAUUUUUUUUUUCUAUCCAUUACUAUUGAUAAUCAAUUGUAGGUUUUGACCUGUCAAUUCAGGGAAGUCAUUGUUUCAUUUUCUUUGUCCAUCAAUUUUCUCAACGGCUGUAUUUAUUUCUUUAUUAAUAAAGUGAUGAAGGUGUGAAAUAAAAAACAUAAUGUUUUUUAUUAUAAAACUUUUGAUCUUUUAAUUUUAAAAUUGGCGCGUUUCUGGCUUGAAAAUGAUGGCCCGUUUAUUGGUUCCCCACUGCCUGCCGUUGUUGGCAAUCUGAUUAGCGCCAAAAGCCAGCUGUGGUCUGGAUAAGCACUAUAAAAAAGAAUUGCUUGAGGCAAAUCGUUGACUGCUGUCGAGCAUUGUCGAGCUCCAAUAAGAAAUUCAUUAUCUCGAGUGACUUUAUCGCGAGUAAGUUUAUGAAAUUCCGAAAUAGAGUUCCACGAUCUUGACAAGUGGGAACAACAAUGCGGAAUGCAGAUCAAUGACAUUGCGAACAUAACCCCGGUCAACAUGACAUAUUCCCAGAUCUAUGGAAAACACGACCUUGUCGUGAUUAUCAACGAAUAACAGUUUUGGAUUGACUCCAUACACAAAAAAUAUCUUCAGUGAUUCAACCGAGACUUGAAUACAAAUUAAGCAAAAGCUUCCUCAAGAUACAAAAAAAAAAA